GGUUCGGGGGGUUCGAACGAACCGCCCACUUUGCCAAUGAAGUCCCACCUACAACUCCCGCGAGAUAUAGAACUGCGAGGUGAAGACGACGUUCACUCUGUCCUGGCUUGGAAGGCAACACGGUGGAUUCAAACGGUUUCUGUGCUGGAUACCAACCUUGAUGGGUAGGUGCAAGCAGAAGGACAGAGAGAGGAAAAGAGCAGCUGAAGGUUGUGCUUCAAUGUUCAACUUUGUUUCAAAGAAACCGAGAGUUCCAGCCCUGUCUGCCACAGCUAGCUCCUUGUUGGGACUAGUGCCAUCUGUGAUAUGCAAUCGUCAUCUCGACACCACAGAGAUUGUGAGCAUGUAUGCCGAAGACCUACCCAGUCCAGAACUUGUUGACCAAGAGAUUACAAGGUGGAAGUUGAAGUAUGGCAGAGUGCCUGGGUCACAGAGGCCGAACACCCCUGCAGGUUCCAUUAAAGAGUGUGACCGAGACCUGUACCCCAACCUGCAUGUCCUACUUCAACUGGCCUGCACACUCCCUGUCACCUCCUGCGAGUGUGAGCGCAGUGCCAGUGCCCUUCGUCGACUGAACAGCUACAUGCGGGCAUCAAUGGGGAAGGAGCGUCUCUCAUCACUGGCACUACUUCACAUUCACUACAGCAAACACAUUGACCUUGACAGAGUUGUUGAUGUGUUUGCAAACAAACACUCGAGGAGGAUGGAGCUGGACUCACUUGUCUAUCCAGAGAUAUAAGAUGUUGGACAAAACUGUCUUAUGCAUUGUAAAAAAAAAAGGUUUUGCAAAACUACAUUUGUCUUGAGAAAUUUUAAUCUUACUCUAUAGUGUCAUUUUUUUAUGUGUAGAUGUGGAUUGUAUUGUAUUUUUCAAUUCAUUAAUUUCAUUCAUAAAAAACAAUGUCUAACAAAGCAAAGUAAAAAGAUGAGUUAUUUUUGCAA